UUAAAACAGUUGUUGUGCUCUUUGUGUUCGGUGGAAGUGGACAUACAAACUGGGAUAUAUUUCAGGAAGCUUCAGGAAUUCUACAUCUAUGGGAGAAGAUACUUCAAAGGACUGAAGAGCUGAGACAUAGGAGGAGAGCAGAGGAGUGCUGCAUGGGGGCCCAAAGCCAGGCCUUAUGGCAGGAGGCGCCCAGAUCUCUCUGAGCUAUAAUUACAUCCUGUAGGAGCCUCUGAGGUGAAACAGUUCACACGGAAACACUGAAAGAUCGUGUGCCCAUGAGGUCAUCCAUGCUGAUCCUGUUUCUCAUCUUCAGUGCCCAGGCUGUGGCCCCCAUCAUAGGGGUCUUGUGCAGUGUCACAACAGCACAACAGGACCACCCCACCUCCAUCCCCACUGUGGACCCCAAGCUCUUCAAUAAGCGCCGCCACCUCUCACCCAGGGUGCUUUUCAGCUCACAACCCCCCGAUGCGGAGCCAGAAGAGGGACAGGGUGUCAGCAGGAGGACUCGAAGGCAGCCUCAGCACCGGGGGGUAUACUCGGUGUGUGAGAGUGUUAGUGUCUGGGUGGGCAACAAAACCAAAGCCACAGACAUCUCAGGCAAUGAGGUGACAGUGCUCCCGUAUGUGAACAUAAACAAUGUUAACAAGAAACAGUAUUUCUUUGAGACGACGUGUCACAGCCCUCCAUCUGGAGGCUCAAGAUGUUUAGGAAUUGACGCGAGGCACUGGAACUCCCACUGCACCAACUCGCACACUUUCGUCCGAGCGCUCACUACAUUCAAGAACCUGGUGGCUUGGAGGCUCAUUCGGAUCAACGUGGCGUGUGUGUGCGUGCUCAGCCGCAAAUCGUGGCAGCAGUGAAGACUCACCCAAAGACUGGCACGCAGAACACAAUAUAGACAGACACAUUAAAAUGCAGACCGGUGUGUUUCUGCAUAUAACUUAUCACCAAGGACUUCUCACCCUCUGCACAAAGUAAAUUAUUCUUGUAUGUGUCAAAGUAUCAGGACUGCAUGUAUACACACCAGACCUGGGUCAAAGAGUAUCUGCAAGUAGUUUUAGCCAUUGAAGUAUUAACAUGAUUGUGAAGGUGUUUUAAUCAUCUGUUGUUUAUAUAAAAGAGGCAGUUUGGUGAGGUACAUGUGUUCUUUUGCAACUAUUAAAGCAUUAGACUUUAUAGUUGGAAAUUAGAAAUGUUCUCCUAGUAAAAACCAUUACCCAUACUGUUUAAAAGAGCUGCAAAACAUGGUCAGUCUGCUACAUUUAGGAGAAUUUAUUGGCAAUAAGAUGUAUAAUAUAAAUAGAUUCCAGCCAUUUAAAGUCACAUUAAAAUUAGAGUUAUAUUAUUGUGUGGUGGAAUUAGUGAGUAAAAUAGAGUUGUGUGAAAGAAAUUAGUUUCCUUAUUACAGAUUCCUUAUGUUUCUAUCUUUUGUUACACUUACAUGUUUAGGACUGUCAAGCAAGUAGAUAACCAGAAUAAAUACAAAAACAACAGUUGUUAUAUCACCAUUUUAUUUAGUAAUGGAAAAACUGUUUACACUAACCUGGUCCUACAUAAAAACAAUAUUUCUUCUUAUUAAAUUAUUAAUCCCUGGAAUUAACAACUUUUUAAAUUCAUCUUUUCUCAUUCCACCAAGGAAUCACUUAAACAGAGCCUGUCAGAGGACAGUUUGAAAGAUUUCCAAAGUCAUCUUUGAUCUAAAGAAAAUUAAAAACAGAUGUCCAUAAUUUGGAAGGAUUUUGUUUUGGACUGAAGAGACAAAAGUGGAACUUUUCAAGGAGUAUGCAUCCGUUUACAUUUGAUGCAAAACUAAAACAGCAUUUCCACAAUGAAACAUGGUGGAAGGAGUGUGAAGGUCUAGAACUUCCUUGUUUCUUCAAUAACUUGUUGACUAACAAACUGAGGGCACCAUGAAUUCAUCUUUUUACCGGAAAGUUGGCCGUCUGUUGGGACGACAAGCUGAAGUGUCUGCCACUUAAUAGCUGCAAAAACAAAACAAAGAUUUAGGAGUUGGAUAAUUUGUUUGAUAGUUUUCUACAUAUAAAUGUGAUAUAAAAGCAAAAACAGAAUAAAUAUAUCAGAGCUGUAAAAUUUUUUUCACAUCACCCCAUUUAUGCAAGUUAUACUGGCUCUUUGCCUUGCUUAUUUUGUAAAUCCAGAAUAGAAUGGAAUAAUCUAUUGUAUUUUUCUUAUUCAUUUUCCAUCAACUUUAAAGAUAUUUUGAUGGUCACAAAAAUUGAGAAAAUUUUUUUUGGCCUUAAGAUAGGAGAACAAUAUGGAAUCCAAACAGCCUUAAACUAAGCAGUGAUGCAGGGUUAUAUCAUUCAAAGACAAUUGAUCACAACCCACAAGACAGAACAAUUUUAUGUCUUUCAUAGUGCAUGUUUUUUUUUUUUUCUCUUCUGAAGGAGCUGAAUAAUUGUCACAUGUUUGGAAAGAGAAAUGAACAGUAUUCAGUUAGUUGCAGUCUAGCACUUUACCACAAGAUAUCAGUAAGCCAAAGAACAUUUAAUGCAAUUUGAAAAUUACAUAUAUGUAGAAUUUCUUGCUAGUUUAAACUAUACUUUAAGAGUUUUUUAUUCUCCCAAUUCCAAAAUAUCACCUUUAUAAAAACAGCUUUAGUUUAACAGGAACUUUAGUCUUUCUCAUUGAAACUGAAUACUUACUGCUUAAAAAGGAAUUAGGAGGUACUAUUAAAUGCACAGACUAUCCAGUAGCAUUUUUACUGAAUUCAGCUUUCUUCUUACAUUUUGUAUGAUGUAGAGCCUAAUCUAACCACAAAACUACAAUAAAAUUAGCCCCAAACCUGCAGACAGCACGUUUGCCCUGCUGCAACGUUUAAUUUAAGGAGUUAUUUUUAUGACCAUGAACAACAUUUUAUAUUGGAAAAAGAAUUAUGAUGUACUAAAUCCCAGAUUUGGAUAAGAAGCGAGUUUGUGGACCAAGCCACAGCUGCACUGUAAGUCACAGCUUCUGAAAACACAGCAUUUCGGUUUACAAGUCUAUUCGACUGUAGCUUUUACAAAGCAGAGGCUAAAAUCUGUGUUGUUAAUAGCAGCUGAGUCAGUCACAAUAAAAGGCCCAUAAAUGUUUUGGCACAGCAACACAGUCAAAUUUGUUGUAGUCAUUUUUGUCUCACUGUUCAACGUCUUAAAGAAAACCCAUCUUACUGAGAAAGACUAAUAAAACCAUUCAGCGGAUACAAUUUAACCCAGGUCUGUUCUAAGCAAUUUGUUCAUUUUUUUAAAUAAUAAAUAAUUAUGUUAAUGUUGUUAUUUAUUAAA